AUGGCGGCGUCCUCAGCAGGCAGUAGCAAGGGAACGGCAGUCAAGCACAACUGCUCCAUGAAUGGAUCAGAGAAAGUGUAUCAACGGAAGGAUAGUGAUGAAAGUAUGGAAGUGGGAACGGUUUAUGCAGAAAUCCAUCAGGCUCCUGCAGACGCCAGAAACCUCCCAGACCUCGAUGAAUUUUAUGAGCCUAUAUCAGAAGAUGAUCUGGCCGAAAUUAACCUGACACAAUCACACUACAAUAUUCCAGACAUCACAUCGUUUCGCCAACUCCUGUAUGAGGGGCAGGAGGAAAACGUUUCCACAAAAGUUUUAAAUCCUUCUGUAUGGCUCUCUGUUAACGUCCCUUCACCACGGCCGGCGAGGGAGGACGAUCUUCCCGCCGAAGUCCCUUCUUUACAGCCGGUGACGGAGGAGAAUCUCCCGGAGGAUGAGCAUCGUCCUCCCGCAUCACCCAACGUAGUACUCCCUUCAUCACAGCCGGUGACAGAGGAGGAUCUUCCCGCUGAAGUCCCUUCUUUACAGUCGGUGUCGGAGGGGGAGGAUCCCCCGGAGGAUGAGCAUCACCCUCCCGCAUCACCCGACGUAGUACUCCCUUCUUUCCAGCCCCCGACGGAGACGGAUCUCCCGGAGGAGCGUCAUCCGCCGGCCUCACCCGACGCAGAACAUCCCGGUUUUCAGCCCGAGACUGAGGACAACCGGCCGGGGAGCGUGCAUCGUCUGAAUGAAUCGGAUGACUCUGAGAGGAGAAGAGGAGGUGAAAGACUCAUCAGACGUGUGAGGAUGGUGGAACGGAGAAGAAAGUGGAAUCAGGACCGUCGACGGCAAGCUGUAAUUGGAAGAAAAAGCCUACAACACAGACGUUUGACUCUGACAAGAGAGCUUAUUUCCUUCUGUCGGUAUGUUAUAGCGAUGAAGUGAAAUGAUAUAACUUUUUUUUUUUUUUUUUUUUUUUUUUUUUGUAAACUGUAGUAAGAGAGUAUGGAUGAAG